AUGAACUGUGUUUAUACCUCAAUUAUAGAUUACGUUAAGCCGACGGACCUUAAGAAGGAGUUGAACGACAAAUUCAAGGAAAGGUUUCCUUACAUUCAGUUAACGUUAAGUAAAUUACGGUCUUUGAAGAAAGAGAUGUCCAAAAUAGCCAGACAUGAGCUGUGUGCCGGCGCUUGUCUUAUACUGUCCGCCAAACUCAAUGACGUGAAAGGCGUCGAACUCAAGACAUUGAUUGAGAGGAUUGAGUCGGGCUUUCGACUGAACCGAAAGGAGUUGAUUUCGAUGGAGUUCUCGGUGUUGGUGGCCCUCGAGUUUUCGCUACAUUUGCCAAAUUGGGAAAUCAUUCCUCAUUUCCAGCGCCUUCUCUACGAAUCGUAACACAAGAAACACAUUAUAGACACAAAUCUGUAGUUAAAUGUAUUUUACAAACAAAAAACACAAUACAAUCGGAUAGCUAUCGGAACAACUUGUAUGCGGGUUGUAUGGCGUACGGGAGGGGACCGGCACUUACCCUAUUACCGGUCUCCACGGCUAUGUCAUCGCAACUUAAUUAGUAUUUUUAUUAGUGUAUUAGUGUAUGAAUAUAUGGA